UGGGAACCACGCAUGAAAUGGUGACGUCGAAAGCAUGGAAGUUUUUUGCUUAACGACAGGCCUUUAGUUUCACGUAAUAACGCCAUUUUAAAAACAAAAACAAAGAAAGUAACGUUUUAUAAUUGUAACGGAAUCCAGAUCACAGUUCAUCACUUGACCAAGGGUGACCAAGAAUCUUCUACACAAAUGGCUCCUCCGCCCGCAGCACCGAAGACAGCUAAGGUGAAGAAACAGGGCAAUCAUAUUGACGGCUUCAUCGGCUCGCGACUUGUGGAAGGUCUCAAAGAGUCUGUCUUCAUGGACUUUCUCAAAGAGAAAGACGUGGCACUUGUUAUGUUUUACGACGCCAAGGAGCCGCAGUGUGAGUGGUCUAAAAAACAUUUCUUGAAGGUAAGUCAAUAACUGAAAGUCAAAUAUUUCAUUAAGUGAACUGUAACGGGUCCUCCUUUCUUCGUUGCACCCCCAUCUUCCGAUGAGGGAGGUCAGUGGCAAGACAAGAAAAACUUGUCAGCUAGGAUUUUAAACAUAAGCAUUUUCCGGUUUCUUAAAUUCACUUCCAGAGGCGUAUCACGAAUGAACCCCAGUUUGCGCCCCUGGUUGCUUUUUUUUAUAUAGCAAGAGAAAAAUGCGCGAUCCCCAGCUGGUGUAAGCCUUUCUCUACAUCGUCGAUCGAUCUCAGUCUUGGUCGACCGGUGAGUCGUCUGCUCCUAGAAUCCUCCUGUAGAUCACUUUUGCUGCUCUCCAAUACGCGAUACCCUCAAUGUGUCCUGUCCUGCGCAGUCUGCCUUUUUUAUUGUUGCGACUGUGGGUGGGUCUUUGAAAACAUGUUCCUAGAGACUUGGUGUUGUUUCCACUGUAGAAUAUUGUAUAAUCCUUAAUACAUAGUCUUAAAAUCCGAGUCUUUCAUACUGGUCUCCUGCAGUGCCGCAACCACGAUUCUAGAUCUUAGCUAUUCAUCAAUGAUGCGCGCCACUGCUCUCGUUCUAUUUAGACUCAGUGCAUUCCAGGUCAAUUAUGCGUGCCCCUGCUCCCGCUCUAUGUAGACCCAGUGCAUUCCUGGUCAAUCAUUCGGGCCACAGCUCCAGCUCUAUGUAGACUCAGUGCAUUCCAGGUAAAUGAUUCGGGCCACUGCUCCCCCUCUGUUCAGAAUCGGUACAUUCCAGGUCGCUAUCCAUAUAUCAUUGAAUUUUGUAUGUGGCAGGGUCAUCAGCCGUGCACACAACCGCCUGGGAGGUGGUGCCCCUUGCAGCUCUCAGGGUAGCCGUCUAUGUAUUAAGUCAGGUCCCUAUCCUUUGGGGAUCCCUCCACUUCCUACAAGGCAGUAGGUUCUGAUUUAGGUCCGCCCCGCGUAUUUUAUUUCUCCGGUGCCCGCCAUUUCUGGUGGGCUUUCCCUUAUCCGCCACCUGGGGAGGCGCUCGAUGGAAGAUCAGUAUCUCCGAACUAGAACAUGAUGCUGUUACAUAAUAUCGACGUUAUUUUUACGUUAUUUUAUAUCCUCUGUAUAGUUGGUAUUAAUCAUUAGGAAUCGUUACAACUAGGGACAUUCAGCUCGUUCCAUCUUCGUUAUCCACUGCUUUCCUUAUUCUUCCCACUGCUUUCCUUAUUAGUCAUCCACUGCUUUCCCUAUUCGUCAUCGACUGCUUUCCUUAUUCUUCCCACUGCUUUCCUUAUUAGUCAUCCACUGCUUUCCUUAUUCGUCAUCCACUGCUUUCCCUAUUCGUCAUCCACUGCUUUCCUUAUUCGUCAUCCACUGCUUUUCUUAUUCGAUAUCUACUGCUUUGUUAUUUAUUGUCGACUGCUAUCUUUAUUUCUUCUACGCACCCACCAUCCAUCAUAAGUUUGACACUAUAUUGUCCACCUCUUCGAUCGACCCAGUCCAUCCUACGUUUGACACUAUAUUUUCCUCCUCUUCUACCCACCUCGUCCAUCAUAAGAUUGACACUAUAUAUUGUCCACCUCUUCUACCCACCUCGACCAUCCUACGUUUGACACCACUAUAUUUUCCUCCUCUUCUACCCACCCGCCAUCCACUCAUCAUCCACCCAUCAUCCUUCCACAAUCCACCCCCAAUCCACCCACAAUCCACCCACCAUCAAACAAUCCACCCACCAUCCACUCACCAUUCACCAACUAACCACUCACCAUCCACCAACCACCCACCCAUCCCACCAUCCACCCAUCAUACAUCCACCAUUAUCCAUAUACCCAUCAUCCAUCCACCCAUCAUCCAUCCACCCAUCAUCCAUCCACCCAUCAUCCAUCCACCCAUCAUCCAUGCACCCACAAUCCACAAACAAUCCACCCACCAUCCACUCACCAUCAACCCACCAACCACCACCAUCCACUCACCAUCCAGCCAUCGUCCACCACCAUCCUACAUCAUACACCCACAAUCCACCCACCACCCACCCAUCACCUACCAUCCACCCAGCAUCCACCCACCAUCCACACACCAUUCAUCCAAAAUCCACCCACCAUCCACCACCAUCAACCCACCAUCCACCCGCCAUCAACCCACCAUCCACCCAUCAUCCACCCAUCAUCCAACCACCAUCCAUCCACCGUCCACCCAUCAUCCACCCAUCAUCCACCCACCAUCCAACCUCCAUCCACCCACCAUCCACCCACCAUCCACACACGAUCCACCCACCAUCCACCCACCAUCCACCCACCAUCCACACACGAUCCACCCACCAUCCACCCACCAUGCACUCACCAUCCAUCCACCAUCCACUCACCGCAGGCUGCCAAGAUAACCGAGAGAGAGAACCACGCUUACGCUGCUGUGGAUUGUGUCCAGGAGACGUCGCUGUGCUCCAACGAAGGCGUGACGUCACUGCCAUUUUUCAAGCUCUACUCCAAAGGGAAGUCGAUGGCCAGCUACUCGAACCCGCAGGCCUUCACGUACCACACGAUGGCAAAGUAUGUGGAGAACGCCCCCAUACUCACCGAACAGAAGCGUCCACCGCGCCCUUGCGAUGUCAAAGAAAAGAUGAAACCCUGUUAAAAUGUUAUCAUCAAGACGUAUUGGACUUAUGAUUGCAUGUUUCUAUCAAUUCUAAUGUAGUUAUCUUAUCCGCAGGGACGGGCCUGUAGAGUACGAUACCCGGCGGUCCCCUUUCUUUCAGCAUCCCCCGUAUGAGAUGUUUAUUAUAAUUUUUUUUUAAUCGAGCAGACAGAUUCCAUGAAAGUGCGGCUGACCUUUGAACCAAUGAACCGCUUACAAACUACAAGUCAAAUUCUUAACGAUAGAAAAGAUAUUUUAAAAAAAAAAAAAAAAGAGUCCCAACGAUAAAGCUAGGGCUUCUCUCAUACAGUCAAGACUGUGAUAUAGGCCUCAUUCUUGUGUUCAUGCAUUUUGAAAAAAUAAAUAACCGAGUGUGGCUCCUGCAAUUUUAAUGGAAGCUUUAUUUGUUCCCAUUCAAGCAAGUCAAAAUUUUACCAUUCCGGCAAGUCAAAAUGUUCCUAUUGGAACAAUAGGAUAAUUUUAAUGUUGAUGAUUUUUGUGAGUAGAUACAUUUAUCCUAAUUUAUUCUUGCGUUAAUUUAUUCUCAGAAAGAAAACAAAUGUGCCACGUCAUCGCUUGAGCAUUUAAUAACAGAGAAAUAAAAUAACAUCCUAAAAUUUA